AUGGAAGCUGACGAUCGUGGUCCCGGCCUCCGAAGUUUCGUAAUUGUGAUGUUGAUAUUGACAGUCGUAGCAAUCACGCUGCGUUUUUGGUCCCGAAGUCUAUCAACAUCACAUAAAUUACGUUUCUGGUGGGACGACUGGAUAGCUCUGACAGCUGUGCCUUUCGUGGUCGUCGAAUUUGGACUUAUUUUCUACAUGCUGAGCUUAGGACUCGGCCGCCACAUGAACACCCUGCCGACUGAGAAUGUUGCGAAGUCUUUGCUGAGUUUGCACUCUUGCUACUUGGCCGCGUUUUCACCCGAAAAGUGCACGGAACUUGGUUCAAUUAUUGCCUUUGGAUUGCUCAUGCGCUCAAUAUUUUCCUGGCUGCUCGGUAUUAUCUUUGGCACCGUUUUUAUGUGCGAUCCAGUUGCGAAGAACUAUAUACCAGACAUGGAUGGACGUUGCGUUGAUACCGGAGCGCUCUGGAUAGGAAGUGCAGUCCCUAGCGUGCUAAUAGAUUUGUUCAUCUUAGUUCUGCCUCUACCCAAGAUAUGGGGUCUUCAGAUGAGCCUUGCCAAGAGGAGUGGCAUUACUCUGGUAUUCAUGUUGGGAUACUGCGUCAUCAUCGUAUCUCUUGGUCGUCUCAUUACUGUGAUCAAAUCCGCCGACUCCCUAGCAACAGACCUUACCUGUGAGCUAGCCCACUAUACUGACAAUGGCAUUCAUCCCCCAUUAGCUUCCAUAAAUACUUUUCUUAUUUGCAGUGGAAGUUCACUGAUCCUCUGAAAGAUGAAGGUGUGCCGGCGCUUUAUUGACUGUGCGCCGAAUCCCCUAUUACGCUUAUUAGCAUCUGUUUACCUACUAUGAUUCUCUUGGUCGCCACCUAGUACUCAACUACGUUUCCCCCCUGUCGAACAAAGUCUCUCCUUUGAUAAGUUCUCAUAAGUUCUCGGGAAAGCGGUAGCAGACUACGGAGCCACACCGGAGACAUACAAAGUAGCCGAAGCUUUUGCUUAACAGAUACUAGGGGUGACGAAAGACAUGCCAACUCCGCUGGAGGGGGGAGUAUGAAUUCUACAGAAAGUAGCUGGCAGAUCCUCCACCUUACACCAAUAUAAGAUUAUAAGGUUUACGUAAAAGGCGGCAAAGAUGGUUAUGAAAGUUGUUUUGAUUUGAUAUUAAACCAGUCAAUUUAUAUAAGCAAGACUGUGGAAAUAAGUGUUUAAAACGUGUAAAAAGAAUUUGAAAAAAAAAC